UCCGGCUGCACUACCCCACCUGAGUGGCUUGUCAAACUGUCCUGGCAUUUUAGGAGAAUCAGCAGACUGUGCUUGGAGGCAUCGCUUUGAUAGAAGGACACACUUUGACAAUGAAGAAGUCUUGGGUGUUAUGCGUCCCUCUGGCAGUCUUUUGGGGAGCCAUUCUUGGAGCAGCUUUUUAUGGGCUGGAUCAAGAUCACGACCAUGAGAAGGUUCUGGUUGAUAACAAGUGCCAAUGUGUCAAGGUGACAUCGAAAUUUGUCGCAUCGAAAGACAAUCCUGACAAUGAAGUCUUGGUGAGAAAUAUCCGAAUUGUAGUGCCCCUCACAGCCAGGGAGAACAUCUCCGAUCCCACCUCACCAGUGAGAACCAAAUUUGUCUACAGGCUCUCCAAACUGUGUGGCAAUUGUCACUCAGGUGACAAUCCAGAGAAGGGCCGGAGGGUCGGGGAGAGUGGCCUAUGCAAUGACCCACAGGAACCCUGCUACACCUAUGACAGGAAUAAAUGCUACACCGCACCAUGUCUGUUCAACAACGGUGGGAAAACACAGACCAUUGAGACAGCCUUGACCCCGGAAUCCUGCUAUGAUGAUUAGAGCCAAACCAUCCUCAUACAAGACCAGUCAGAUUCGUGUCACUUUUACACAAGUUCUGGCUAAAUCCAAAUAAUCCUGGAAUUCACAAUUUGGUGAUAAAUAUCGAGAAUUCACUGUUGCAAACCUUGAAUAUUGGGUUGUUGUAGGUUUUUUCGGGCUAUAUGGCCAUGUUCUAGAGGCAUUCUCUCCUGACGUUUUGCCUGCAUCUAUGGUAAGCAUCCUCAGAGGUAGUGAGGAUUUU